AUGAUGGAAGCCAGUGAUAGCGAUGACCCAGUGUCAGCCAGUGUAGCCAGUGUUGGGCAUUCAAGGUCGCAGUCACUCAGAGAUGUACUUAGCAACCUCAAUCCUAUGCACAGACAUGACACCAGUCCACACAAAAGUGAUGAUAAAGCUACUGCAACCAGAAGAGCCUCUCACACCAGCUUUGAGCUGGACGUAAGCCUUAUAAGUAGCGAUGACCAAGAUGGCGACGAUAUGAUUAGCCUGGAUUCCGGGGACAUAGAUGCUUUGGACAGUCUGGAUAUAGGUAGGAUUAGUACCGGAGGUCGGUCUGAUCGAUCAGUGCAUAGUCUGGAUGUGAGCGGUAGUACUAACCACCUGCACGGUAGGCAGAUUGGCGGGGAUAGCAGCGUCGACGAGGGUGUGUUAGUCAGGGUAUGUGGUUCAGGUAAUGAACUCAUCGACGGUCGACAUACGGUGGAUGGCAUGGAUCCCUUAUUUAUACCUACAAGUGAUACCGAGUGCGCUACUGCCCAGGCAGCCGAGGUGGAUGAUGUCGCCGGGAAUGGAUUCGCGUCUGUCACAACGUAUGCACAAGCAAGCUAUGAUAGCGCUAAGAAGAACGAGGAUAACACGACAGAUAUAAUAGAUGUCCUGGGCACAAGCUUGGACAAUGCGAUGAUUCCUACUAUGAGCUAUGGGGCCACGAAUGGUGCCGAUUCUGAUAGUGUGUCCGAGCCAUUUGCCAUAGAUAGUUGCCAUGGCGACGAGAGCAGUGAUACUGGAGAGGUGGCUGUGUCACAUGGGGAGCGUCUCUCACUAUACGGUGAUAAUACGACCGAUGAUGUCGCUACAUUACAG